AGUGCUUCAAAGAUGUUCCAGAGCCUAAAUGCAGUGACUUAUGAGGACGUGCAUGUGAACUUUACUGCAGAAGAGUGGAAUUUGCUGGAUCCUUCCCAGAAGAAUCUCUACAAAGAUGUGAUGCUGGAGACCUACCAGAACCUCACUGCUAUAGGUUACAGUUGGGAAGAUCAUCAUAUUGAAGAACAACAUCAAAGUUCUAGAAGGCGUGAAAGGCAUGAAAGAAGUCAUACUGGAGGGAAACCUUAUGAAUGUAAUCAAUGUGGAGAUUACAGUUACAUGAUUGUAUAA